AUGGCGGAUCCAGGCUCUCCGAUGUCGCCUCCCUCGCCGAACCCGCCGUCCUCCAAGGGCGCGGCUGACUCCUUCGAGGAAAGGCCGACCGUCGCGACCAUGAGACCGCCUAGACCAGAAGUCCUCUGGAAGAAACAUGAUCGAAAAGCCAUGAAGACUGGUCAGCGAGGAACCAUCUACUGGGUUGGCAAACAGAUCAUCGCAGAGGACUGCUCACGCCUGGCCCUGGGGCGAGCGCUCUGUGAAGUUUCCGCUCAGGAUGGCUCCAAGACUGGGCAGGUGGAGAAAGGAGCUAGCUACCAGGGCGAGUGGGAUAACAACGAGAAAAACGGCUAUGGCGUGCAGGUGUUCCCGAACGGCCAAAAGUACGAGGGCCAAUGGGCGAACGGGAUGCGGCUCGCGUCUGAGACAGAUCCGGCAGUCUGGAAUUUGAUGCUGAAGCUCUGGAGUGUAUCCGCCAGGAACGGCGAAGGAACUCUUUGGGUGCCUUUCGGCAAGGCGAAGAAGCUUCGCAAGCUGUAUGUCGGCGGCUGGAAGAACGACAAGCGACACGGUCGUGGCACGUGCUUCUUCAAGGACGGGCAGUUCUUCCAGGGUGACUGGACGCAGGGCAAGAUGAACGGCCAGGGCCUGCUUCGAUACAGCAACGGCGACCUGUACAUAGGCGAGUGGAGCAACGGCCUUCGAUCUGGGCAAGGAACCUUGACAAAGGCAAACGGUGACUGCUACGAGGGCUUUUGGCUCAAUGACAAGAGAGAAGGUAGCGGAUCCUACUUUUAUGCCGAGAGCGGGAAGGUCUUCGUCGGAGAGUGGGUAAACGACCUGCCCAAGGUUGCAGAUGGCCCGGACCUUCGCGUUGCCUCGGUGGUUUUUCGACUUCUCAAGGAACACCCCGACUGCAUCGACCUCUGCGAUUUGUACCUGGGCAGACAUGGCCAGCAGGUGGAAAGCCUCUGCCGACAAGUGCUGCUACGUGGCCCCUUUGCACAUAUUGUAGAGGUGGGUGCUGGAAAAGGUCUCCUUGGACGCGUGCUUCAGGAGCUUAUGCCGGGAUCCUCUUUAACCAACCUGGAGAUCAAUUCCGGUCAUGGCGGGUUCGACCGUGACGACACCGAGCGGAUCGUGCUUGACGUCCGCGAGUCAUCCCGUGUGCUGGAGCUGUUGCAAAGUCUGACAUCGGGUCGCAUAUGCGUCGUGGCGAAGCAUUUAUGUGGUGCUGCGACUGAUGCACUGCUCCAGACCCUGGCGUCCUGUCCUGUGGCGAAUGCGAUCCUGAUUGCUCCGUGCUGCCACUCAAAAAUCCAACAUCUCGAAGAGUACUCGAAUUCAGACUUCCUUCGUGAGCGAUGCUUCUCAGCCAGUGAGUGGCCGAUGCUCAUCAAGUUACUCGCUGUGGCGCGACUGAAAUUUGACCAGGAUGCUAGUGGCAGUGGCUCUGCAUCUGACAAAUCCUUCAAGAGCUGGCAGCGUUGGGAACAUACCUUUGGUGGCAGGAAGGAAAUGAUUGAGAUCGGGCGUGAGGUGAGACAACUGCUUGAGGCAGGUCGUGCGCAGAUUCUCGAGGAGCUGGGUUACAGCACGGAGCUGCUGCAGUACGCUCCUGCACACACCACCUCUGAGAACUUGGUCAUCGUAGCCGAGAAGCCCGCCGUGGCAGCCGUAGCCGUGAGCAGCCCGAAAGGAUUAAAUGCACUGCCCAAAGUCGGAGUGCUGCUGGAGGCUCCCAGUGCCGCCCUGCGUGUGGCCCAGUUUCUCGUGGAAGUCCGAGGGCAGGUUCUGGACAACACGGAUGUGCUGCCCUUCUUGGCCGCCUUUGCGUGCUCAGACGACUCAGUGGCGGUGAUUGGCAAGGACGUGCUGGAGGUUAUUUCGGCUCUUCGCGAGCAUGCCCUUCUGAUGGUGCAGCUGAGAGUCGUGACUCGAAUCUAUCCGUUCAAUUUUGCUGUGGGUUCGCUGGAAGAGGUGCCUUUGCAGCCACAAGGAGUCGAACCACCCUUCCGUUUGGCGGUCUCCCCUCGUGCAUUGCUCGACGGGGUUCUUGCAAAGGCAACGGAUCAAGGCGUUGAACUCUCUCCACAGCACUUCAAUGCUUCGAUCACGGUCCGUCGGCUUUGGGACGGGAGCCUCGGUGUCGCCUGCCUUCCUCGAAGUGUAUGGCACCCAGGCGAGGAGCCUCAAAGCUGGACUCUGGGCUCCGACGACUCCGACGGUUUGCAAGAGAGGAAGCUGUCGUCUUUGCAUCGCUUGCGCUUCCGACUCCAAGAAUGGCAGCAAAGGCUUGGCGUCAGCCUCCGCGGUCAGCGUGCUCGUGUGCACAGCCCUCAAGCAGAAUGGCUACAGGCCCUUCAGAUGGAAGGCGUGCAAGUCGUGUCAGGAGAGGUGGAUGCCGACGUGCUGGUCGUGGACUGCGGGCGCUCGUUCCCAAGAGGUUUCGAGGACUUCAAGCAGUGCACCGCGCAGAUGGCACUGGCUAUCGUUCCGGUCGCAGAAGGACGGGGCGGCAGAGCAGCUCGAGCGUCGCAGGUGCUGGUCGAGGUGAGCAAGGUUGUCGGCAAGAUCGGAACUAGAAUGAGUGCCCACCAUCUCUUAAGCAAUCGUGACCAAGAGCGCACAGCUGGGGUCUACACGCAAGCGAACUCGAAUCCGGAGCAGGCCACGCCGGCCCGUCCCGCAGACUACGAUUCUGCCUUCGCUGAUGCUGGCCUUCCCCAACGAGGCAGAGUACCCAUUGCCAAGUUGCAUAUCUGCUUCCUGUCACAAGCUGGCGGCAAAGCGCCGGGUGAGGAUGUCAGGAGUAACAGUUCAGAGCAGCGUGUGCAGGUCGACGAGGCAGAGGACGAGUACGGCCAUGAAGUGGUGCGGAUUUUCCUCGCACGCAUCCGUCGAUGGACGGAGCAGUUCAAGAGUCGUGAGAUGUGGGGUGAAACUUCCGCAAUGGCAAACUCGGGGCAGUCGACAAUGCCGUUCGUCUUCGUGGCUCCAGAGAUGAUAGCGCAGGACAUCAGCGCCCUCAUCCGGUCGCCCACGGACUGGAGGUGGCCCGCGGCGGCCCAUGACCUCUUCGCUGCCGGUCGCAGGGAUGGUCAUCUCAGCUUUCCGACUUUGACUUCCACCUUGGCAUUGCCAUCAAAGGCGCAGCAGCUGCUGAGACAGAGGAAGAAGAUGGCCAAGCAAGAGGUAAAUGAGGUCAUGAAGUUUGACGAUGCUUUCGACAUGGCCAAGAUACGGGCGGUACAGCGUACUGCAGCGGAGAGGAAGAUGCUGAGCCAGCUGCCGAUUCAGGUAGGGAACAGCGGAUCUCCCAUGUGCGUCAGAGAGCUGCUCGGACUGCGGAAGAUCUCCAGCACGAGCCUCUUCAGCCGCCGGAAGUCCAACGACUCCCUGUGGGGCUCUAUGGUGCUGUCCAAGAUCCCGGGCAGCAAGGAAGAAGCCGAGUCCGAGAAGAUCAUGGAGGGUCGGCGAAAAAGUUCCAUCAAGCAAAGUUUCAACUCUUUUGGUGAUGUGGUCGUUGCGGCACAAGCAGCAGCUCGCAAAGAUCUCCUGGACAGCUCGCCGCGAUCUGUGAAAGGAGGCGAAUCACGGCGGAACUCUCUGAGAAGAGGAUCCAUUGCUGAAGAAACUGUGGCCAGGCUUCUGCGCCGCAGUGCCUUCAACAACGCAGAUUUGAAGGAUCAGUUCGAGUUGAAGGAGAUCUUAGAUCCGCCGGCUCCCGCCGAGAUGUACACCCGCUUCAAGGUGGAGGACAUCUCCAGCUUUCCAGCAUCCGAGCAGGAGCGAAUCAGGGAGGCCUUCUAUCGCUUCAAGAGUAUUGGUAGUUCGGACAUUGAUGUCGACGACCUUGAAAAGGCGUUGAUUCAUCUGGGUUACCUCAAAAUUGAUGCCCAGGUAAUCAUGGAAAUCACCCAGAAGCUGACAAAGUUUGCUACCCUCGACUACGAGGAGUACCUCCGCUUCGUGGGGCAGUAUACAUCUUUUGAGCGGGCCGAGGUUCAGCGAGUUUUCCGAGAGUUUGACGAAGAUGGAUCGGGCUCUUUGGAUACAGAAGAGAUCGAGGGUGUCAUGCGCUCCUUCAGCAUCACGCCCUUCAAAGCCACGGUCGAAGCUGCCAUUGCUGUGGUCGACGAGGACCACACUGGCACAGUUGAGUUCCACGAGUUCGUCCAUCUGCUCACGGUCUACAAGAAGACGGAAGGCUUCUCACAAGCAGAGGUCAAAGAUCUGUAUGCCGUCUUCUACAAAUUCGCGGUCCCCGUCUCGGACUCCAAGCUUCGCGAGGUGCCGGAAUCCGAGAUGCGGAAUGCACUGAUGAACUUGUUUGGCCCCCAGACGCUUAGCGUGGGAGUGAAGCUGGUGAACGAGGUCCUGGUGAAGAUACAAAAGAAGAAGGAAGAAAAGGCCGCCAAGCGAGCUCUGUCUCGGCAGCAAGGAGGUCCGGAGCAGGGGAUGAAGUUCCGCGAGUUCUUGGUGUGGGCGAGAUGUCUCAGAGAGGCUGAGAUCACCGCGUACAGGCGCAAGUUCGACAAGGUGGACUAUACAAAAUCAGGCCUCCUGAUGCAGGAGAACCUGAAAGAGGCUUUUCAUCACAUUGGCUACACUGCCUUGCGGCCAGAGGUAGAGGACCUCCUGGAGCGCCGAAAAGUGUCCAAGGAUGACAUGAUCGAUUUCGAAUGUUUUGUCAACCUUGUUCAAGAUUUCUGCCGCACAGAUGGGUUCAGCCGUCGCGAUGUCGACGAGUUUUUCGAGGUGUUCCGUGCUUUCGACACCGAAGGCUCCGGCGAAGUUGGUGUCCUGGAGGUCGCCUCCAUGCUGCGCUGGCUGGGCUUCAGCAUAGAGUUGGACGUGGCCAACAGCUACUUCCAGUCCGUGAACUUGGAUGGUGCAGACCGGAUGGGCUUCGCGGAGUUUCUACGUCUGAUGCGGUUGCACCGCGAUGAUUGCCUCGGCCACAUGCAGGAGGUCUUCGACCGCAACUGCGAACAGGAACUUGUGCUGAAGCAGGACUGUUUGAAGCAGGUGCUUACGCAAAUGGAUCGGCGCGUCAGCGUCAACGUGAUAAGCCAGUGCUUGCAAGGCGUCAGGGACGCACGUUACAUCGAUUUCGAUGACUUCGUGCAGGUGACUGACAAUAUGCGGCGGCAUAUCCUGAGCCAGAUGCGGAAGCAGGCGGGCUUCACAGAUGACGAGGUGCGAACCUUCCAGCAGGCCUUCGAGAAGUAUGAUACCGAUGGAAAUCGGAAGCUGACGCGGGACGAGAUGCCACCUCUUCUGGCGGACUUAAAGAUUGAUCUUCGCACGGUGGACGAUCAGAGGCACUUCGUUCGCGUGCUUGAAGACGCUCGCCUUUCUGCCCGCCGAGGAGGCGCAAGUGAGGAAGAGGUGGGGGUUCCUGGUGCUCCCGGCAUCACUUUCUGGAAUUUCGUACACUUCCUGCGCGUCCUCCAGACAGAAGAAGACAUCAAGACGGUACAAAGCCAGGCAAUGUUGCACCUCUUUUCUGAGAAAGAGCAGGAUGAGCUUCGUGCCGUCUUCAAUACGUGGUGCACGCUUUCCACAGAUGCUCACUCAAAUGCAGAGGCGGACUCGGACAUCGAAGGCAUCACCGAACCCAGCUUGGAGAGGAGCCCAUCAGAAGCAGUUGCGCAGUCGGAGCUGAAGCUCCCCUUCAAGCGUCUCUGGAAGCUCCUGCGUGAGCUCGGCGUGCCCCUGACGCCAACCCACUUGAAGCUGCUUAAGGCCAGAGCAGCACUUGAUGCAGAAAACGCUUUGCCUGUCGAGCAGCGUGGAAGCUACAUCGAUUCCAGCGGGUUUUUGCGGCUUCUGUCCUGGAUGCUGGACACCGACUUCGCCGGCAUCCGAGAAAGAUCUGAAGAACUAGCAGAGAACCCAUAUCCGGAAGAAGGCUGA